UGUGUAAACAUUGUGCCGAGGAAUCAAACGGACGAAUGACAAAAAGAAAAAAAAAAGAAGGAAGAAAACAGAGAGAAUUGACUUAGAGGGGAAGACGAAAGAGAGUCAAUUCGGUUUUGAAUUCCAACCGCUCCACCCAUCUUGAUUCCUUCACCAAAUCCCACGCACAUUUUCAGAAAACCCUUUUUUAAAAAGCCGUCGUCUCUUACAGUACAAUACAAUAACCAUCCCCAUGUAUACUUCUCCCUAUAUCUCAUCAUUUUCCGGUUGCUUAAUCUCUGUCUUCUCAUCCUAUCAGACACACAUACCCUUUCCUUCAAUUACAAUUCUUCAACUCUAAUCAUUCAUUCAUCACUCUUCAACAAAAUCAUCUAUAUUUAUUCCCGCCCAUUCUCUGCUUUCUCUGCUUUUCUCUGUUCAUCCUCCAUCAUCAAAUUCAAUUCCGCUCAAUUCAACCCCGCGGAGGCGUUCAAUCGAACACCCAUCUCCCUCCCCAUCUGGGUUUCGCCAAAGCCACAUUCUUGCGAGGAAUCGAGACAUGGGGGUUCAGAAAGACAGUGUGAAAUUCAACGUAGGUGGCAGGGUGAUGGAAACAACCGCAACAACCCUCGCCAAUGCAGGGCGCAAUUCGAUGUUCGGUGCAAUGUUCGACGACAAUUGGAACCUGCUCCUAUCAUCAAACAAGGAGGGCCAGAGGUUCCUGGAUCGCAACCCGGAUUGCUUCGGGAUUCUCCUCGAUCUGCUCCGAACCGGGGAACUCCAUAUCCCACCCAACAUCCCGGAGAAGCUCCUCUACCGGGAGGCCCUCUACUACGGCCUCUUGGACCACGUCCGCGCUGCCAAGUGGGGCCCAUUCGACGGCAACAGGUUAAGGUUGUCGCGGUCUGUGCAGGGCCAGGCCCCGGGUGACGGAACAGCCAUUCGCGCAGGCCCUGAUGGAGGCUGUUGCGUUGCGCAUGGCAGCAUGGUUCAUGUGUAUGAUUGGAUGUUGGAUGAACACCCUCCUCUUAGCCUCGAUUUCCAGAGGGUCAACGAUGUUGGGUGGGUUGACUCGGACAACGUUGUUGUCGGAGUGAGCGAACGCCUUGGGAGGGGUGAUGGUGGGAUAGGGCUGUUCAGUUCACACAGUGGGGAGCUUAGGUACAAGUUUCAGGUUUCUCAUGAGAAUCAGGUGAAGAGUUACACUGCUGGGGCUUUGAGUUUCAGUUCAGAUUACAAGAUAUUUUCUAGCUGUAAAGGGAGGAGUAAUGAGUAUGGGGUAGGGGUUUGGGACCAGGUUACAGGGAAGCAGAUAGAUUUUUUCUACGAGCCUUUGGGGUGGUCUCUUGGGGAUGCUGAUAAGCUUCAGUGGUUGGAGGGGAGUAACUGUUUGUUGGUGGCAACCAUGUUUCCCAGGAAAGACAACUGUUACAUUAGUGUUUUGGAUUUCAGGGAGAAGAAGAUGGUGUGGUGUUGGUCUGAUAUGGGCGCUCAUUUUACCGCGGAUGAGAAACGGGUGAGGGAUGCCAUUGCCAUGGAGGACAAUAGUUCCAUUUGUGUGGUGAAUGAGUUUGAGGAUUUGGGAUUCAUGGAUUUGAGAAGUUCUGCUGCCACGAGCAUUAGGUGGAGCUCCAGAAGUAGGUUGAUGAAGGGGAAGAUGCCGGAUGAACCGUGUUAUCCAAAACUGGCACUGCAUGAAGGACAGCUUUUUUCCUCCAUGAAUGAUUGCAUUUCGGUUUUCUGUGGCCCGGAAUGGGUUUUGACCUCUAGACUCAGACGAAGCUAUGGAGGUUCAAUAUGUGACUUUUCCAUUGGAGGGGACAGGCUUUUCGCGCUUCAUAGUGAGGAGAAUGUGUUUGAUAUUUGGGAGACUCCACCACCACCGAUUCUAUGAUUCAAUUUUAGUUUUAGUUCAUCUUGGUUUGCUAUAGAAACAAAAGACUUCUUCUGGUUUUCUAGAUACUGUUGAGUUUUAAACUUACACGAGGUUGAAGGAUAGUUUAUAACUUGUUAUACAUGUAGCUUUAGGUAUCAUGGUAUAGGUGAAUAUCUACAGAGAAAGAUGAUAUAUGAAACACUUGUUUUCUGUUUCUUUUUUU